AUGGGACACCCACCCACCCCAGUGCUAUGACAAACUGGGCUGGCACAGGAGGGUGCUCUCACAGCAAAGUGGGGUCAGUGUGGCUGUGCUGGGAUGGGAGGGUGGCAGCCACAGCCUCCCUGUGCCGGGGGUCUGGAUGCACUGCAGUGAAGUGUUUGCCUUCCUACAGGAUGGGGAGUGGUGGGGAUGGCUGUUCCUGGACUAAGCAAAGCCCCCAGGAGCCCCACAGCUCCGAGCAGGGGGCAGCACCUGGGCAGGCAGCGUGAGGGCUGCCCGCAGCAAGUUACUUCCCUAAAAAUGAUGUAUGCAAAUCCUUGUGCAAGUGAGGCAUUCGGGUUUUCUCUUUACUUCUCCUGGGGGCACAGAACCGAUGGGAAGUGACAAUGCUCUGGUCCCAUCCUGUACCCCAUCCUUGCUGCUCUCGUCCCGUGGCGGGUGAAGGAAUGGCUCCCUGUCCCGAGCAGCCCUGGUCGGGGCUGAGGACCGGGAUGUCACUGAGGGCUGGGACAGGGAGUGUCGUACCGGAGAGGGGCGGAGCCACACCGGGACAGGGAGCAACACCCACCGAGCUCGAUGUGGUGGCAGCAGCAGUGGAUUUGGCUUUGGGACGGGGACCGGGACCCGUGACAGCAGCCAAGGUGAGAGAAGAGCCCCAGGGCAGCGAGGUGUGGUGGCCCCUGGAUGGGAACCAAAGUCUGGGGAUGGCAGGGGGGCAGUGCCAAUGAAAUGGAUGCUGGGGUGCUGGGAAGGAGGAGGUGAUGCCGUGGUGUCGCUUCCUGUCCCCACAUUUGGGCUCAGCCACGGGAGCUGCAGAACAUGAGGUGCACCAGGGGAUCCCCAAUGCUACCAGGUCACUGCAUGGGACAGUGCCUCAAGACGUGGAGAGUUGGUGACUGUGAGGUGCUCAGACACAUCUGCUCUGCUGGAGAGCACGGUGGGCAAAGGCUCUGGCUUGCUGUAAAGGACCAGGAGUGAUGGUGACGCGGCUGGGAGGUGGCAGUGAUAGUCUCUCGAGGACCGUGGGACUGAGGAUGGGUUGCAUGAAGUCAAAGGAAGGCAGCAUCCAAGAGAAGAUGCAGUUGGGCCAUGAUAAGAAGGACCCAGCAUCUGGCAGCAAGCAACACGAUGAACACGGAGUGUCUGUGCCCCUGCUGGCGGAUGGCUCAGGGGACAACGUGGUGCUGGCACUGUAUGACUACGAGGCGAUGCACUCUGGGGACCUGAGCUUCCAGAAAGGGGAGCAGCUGCAGGUCCUGGAGCAGCUGGGAGAGUGGUGGCAGGCACGGUCGCUGGUGACAGGGCGCAAGGGCUUCAUCCCCAGCAACUUCGUCGCCCGAGCUAACUCACUGGAGGCAGAAGAGUGGUUCUUCAAGGGUAUCAGCAGGAAGGAUGCGGAGCGGCAGCUGCUCAGCCCCGGGAACACAUUGGGAUCCUUCAUGAUUCGGGACAGUGAGACAACCAAAGGUUGCUACUCCUUGUCGGUGCGGGAUGGGGACGGCCUGCAGGGAGUCAGCAUCAAGCACUACAGGAUCCGGACACUGGAUAGUGGUGGCUUCUACAUCUCCUCACGCAGCAGUUUUGACACACUGCAGGAGCUGGUGGAGCACUACAAGGGGCAGAGUGAUGGGCUGUGCCAGAGGCUCACCUACCCCUGCAGUGUGCCCAGACCCCAGAAGCCCUGGGAGAAAGAUGCCUGGGAAAUUCCUCGGGAGUCACUGAAGCUGGAGAAGAAGCUGGGAGCCGGGCAGUUUGGAGAAGUGUGGAUGGCAACCUACAACAAGCACACCAAGGUGGCAGUGAAGACAAUGAAACCCGGCAGCAUGUCUGUGAGUGCCUUCCUGGAGGAGGCAAACCUCAUGAAGGGCCUGCAGCACGACAAGUUGGUGAGGCUGCAUGCUGUGGUCACCAGGGAGGAGCCCAUAUUCAUCAUCACCGAGUUCAUGGAGAAAGGGAGCCUGCUGGACUUCCUGAAGAGUGAGGAAGGCAACAAGCAGCCACUGCCAAAGCUGAUCGACUUCUCUGCGCAGAUUGCAGAAGGAAUGGCUUUUAUUGAGAAGAGGAACUACAUUCACAGAGACUUGAGAGCUGCCAACGUUCUCGUGUCAGCGAUGCUGGUGUGCAAGAUUGCAGACUUUGGGCUGGCCAGGAUCAUUGAAGACAAUGAGUACGUGGCUCGGGAAGGUGCCAAAUUUCCCAUUAAAUGGACUGCGCCAGAAGCAAUCAACUAUGGAUCUUUCACUAUAAAAUCUGAUGUCUGGUCCUUUGGGAUCCUCCUGACUGAGAUCAUUACCUAUGGGCGCAUUCCAUACCCAGGGAUGUCGAGCAUGGAGGUGAUCAGAGCUCUGGAGCACGGCUACCGCAUGCCCCGUACGGAAAGCUGUCCUGAGGAGCUCUACGAUGUCAUGAUGAGAUGCUGGAGAACCAAACCAGAGGACCGUCCCACCUUUGAGUACAUGCAGAGCAUUCUGGAGGAUUUCUUUACUGCGACAGAGGGCCAUUACCAGCAGCAGGCAUAGAGCAGAAAGCGCGGUGAAGGCAGCGGAGAGCACUGUGCACGCCAUCCCAGCAGCACCGUACGCACCCUGCUCCUCCCUGUCCCACUUGUGGUGUUCAAUAUGUGCCUUCCUCAUCUGCCAGCCUGGUACAGAAAAUGAUGGCUUCCAGAUGUGGCCUGGUGGGGCAAAAGUGGAGCAGUUCAUUUGAGCCUCUGGGUAAAGCACUGCAGCACUUCAUCUCAUCCCUGCCCCGGGGCCCUGCGGAGGUGUCACAUGAACCACAGCUCCCUUUGGGUGUCCCACACACUUCUUGUGGUGCUUCAUCUGCUGAGGGUGAGGAAUGCACACGCAGUGGGGCUGAUUGCACCUCAGUGAUAUCAUACAAUCACAGAACCACAGAACAUGGUGGGAUGGAAAGGACCCACGAGGAUCACUGAGCCUCUCUGGGACCAUCAGCAUGAUGGCUGCCGUCAGCAGCACUGCAGGGCUUUGCACAACGAGCAAUGAAUGUUCCUUAUGCACUCAGUUUGUCCUUCUGGUUUUCUUAGUAUUUAAUGAUGUGGCAUCUGGGGAAGAAGAAAGGGAGAAUUAUUUUUGUACAGAAUUUUUGUCCCCUACUUCUUACAACAGAGAGACAGCGAUUUUUGUUUUCUCCUCACAUAAACAAACAUCGCUGUCUGCUGG